GGUCCAACUCCAAGCUACACUACUCUUCUAAGCCAGAGGCCAUUUCUUUUUCUUUUCUAGCCUCUGAACAGUGAAGUCUCUCUCUUCUUUUGUCUUUGUUGUGUAGCUUUUCAAAACCCGAAAAGCACAUUUCUCUAUCUUCAUGUUUUUCUCUUAUUAAAGAAGAAAAGAAGAAAGAAGAGAGAAAAGCCAAAAACCAUGAAGCUUCUUCUUCUCGUUCUUCUUGUGCUACUUCUACUUGUUUAUUCUGAUCCCUUUCGGGUUGGUGCCACACCGGUCCUUCUUGUUCCCUCGCCAGCUUUCUCACCCAAUUCUCCUGUGUCUGCAACAAUGGCUGCUCCUACUGUUGCCUACUCUCCUGGAGUUGGAGAAGCAGGUCAAAGGCACUCUAUGGAUUCUCACAGGAAAAUUCUUAUUGCCCUUAUUGUUGCUUGUACUACUCUUGGCGCAAUCAUAUCGUCAUUGUUAGGCUUGUGGAUUUAUCAUUGCAAGUGCUCUCGGAAACCUCAUAGGAGAACUGGGCGAAGCUCAGAUGGUGAAAAGGGGCUUUCAUUAAAUCCAUUUUUUGCUCAAUUCAAUUCCUCAAGGAUGAUUGGAAAGAAGGGAUCUGUUUCAUUGGUUGACUAUAAGCUACUAGAAAAAGGGACUGAAAACUUUCGAGAAAGUAAUAUCUUGGGCGUGGGUGGUUUUGGACGUGUUUACAGAGCUCAAAUGGAUGAUAACUUGAUUGUUGCCGUUAAAAAGAUAGAGUGCCAAAGUCACGAUGCCGAGAAAGAGUUUCAGAAUGAAGUGGAUUUGUUGAGUAGAAUUCAGCAUCCGAAUAUUAUUUCUCUAUUGGGUUGUUGUAGUCAAGGCGAUGCAAGGUUCAUUGUUUAUGAAUUGAUGCAAAAUGGAUCUCUAGAGACACAAUUGCAUGGACCCUCCCAUGGUUCUGCAUUAACAUGGCAUAUGCGGAUGAAGAUUGCUCUUGAUACAGCAAGAGGAUUAGAAUAUCUGCAUGAACACUGCCACCCUUCAGUGAUUCAUAGAGAUCUGAAAACAUCUAAUAUUCUUUUGGAUGCCAACUUCAAUGCCAAGUUAUCCGAUUUUGGUCUUGCUGUUGCUGAUGGGACUCAAAACAAGAAUAAUAUCAAGCUCUCAGGCACAUUGGGCUAUGUAGCUCCGGAGUAUCUGUUAGAUGGUAAGUUGACUGAUAAGAGUGAUGUCUAUGCAUUUGGAGUUGUUCUUUUGGAGCUUCUGUUAGGUCGAAGGCCGGUAGAGAAACUGGCACCAGCUCAGUGCCAAUCUAUUGUCACAUGGGCCAUGCCACAGCUUACUGACAGAUCAAAGCUUCCAAAUAUUGUAGAUCCAGUGAUAAAAGAUACUAUGGAUCUUAAACACUUAUAUCAGGUUGCUGCCGUCGCAGUGCUGUGUGUGCAACCAGAGCCAAGUUACCGGCCCCUGAUUACAGAUGUUCUGCACUCUCUUAUUCCUCUAGUUCCUGUUGAGCUUGGAGGGACACUGAGAGUUACGCAACUUGUGGUUUCAGUAGGAUCUGCAGUGCAUUCUGAUCACUGACAAUGAUAAACCUCAAGAGUUGGUUGUUUGAUGAUGACUCUCCAACAGUUUGAGGGGUUUAUCCCACUGCUCAAAGUACAAUUCAAAAUUUAUGACUUUGCUUGGCUUGCCGAGAUGAUUGUUUUCUGGGAGAUCAUUGUCUUCUGAUGAGGGCAAUGUUGGCUUGGUUGAAAGGGAAAGGACUAAUAUUUUUUGGGAUCAGUUAUCACAUUUGUAAAUUAGAGUACAUUGUUUUGAGCUAGUGGAAUCUGUGUAUACGAGGGGACAAAGUCAAACUGUCAUUUACCUUAUUAUGUAUUGGGAUAUUUGCAGCAUAAGUUUCCAAAGUUUUGGAUUUCUAUGCGGCAUAGACUCAAUAUUUUUUUUUUU